AUGGAUGAUGAAGAUCCUUUCGAUCUCGAUAAAAUUACUAAUGAGCGAAAGGAGGAAGUACUUUCAGCAACUUAUUAUGACUACAACCAAUUAAAUUUUAUAGAUUCACUUCAUAAAACAGCAAAUAAUUUGUAUAUCGAUUUUUCUAAUGAUGUUAUCAACUCAAGUGACCAAAAUCAAGAAUUAAUGUUUCUUGCACACCAAAUUUCUUCGGCUGAUAAAGAUUUAAUCAAAAGUAUAAUCUCACCAGAAAUAUUAAUCUAUUUAUAUAACGCAUUUAUGGCUUCUUCACCAAACGAUGCACGAUUGCCAUUUAUAAGUUACAUAAUAUAUUACGCUCUUCUUAAUGUAGAUGAAAUAGAUAUUUUUAUGACCCCAGAAUUCAUUGAAAAGAUAUUUACUUUAAACAAGAAUGUUUCACAAGAUGUUAGAGACAAUAUAGAACACAUAUUUGCAUUUCUAAAUUACCGGUAUAAUUUUAGCCAAAAUUGCCCUCCAGAAAUCGCAUUUGAAUAUAUCAAGGCUAUUACAAAUCCUAUUGUUCAAGCUUGUUGCUAUAGCAAUCUUAAUCAAAGGAACAAUAAAUUCCAACCAGAUGAACUACUUUCGCUAAUAGAUUUCGGAUUUGCUAUUCUUUCAAAUAGCAAUGAUGACAAGACAAGUGAUACAAUACUUGCAGGCUUGGCAAUCAAUCUUUCAGAAUUAGAUAAUAUUUCUCCUUAUCGUGGCGCCGAAGCUAUUGUUUUACUUAAUCAAUCUGAUUCUAUAGGCAAGAUAUUAUAUUUGCUUCAAACAAAAACGGCUUCUUUUAAUGCAGCAGCAGUAAUUUAUUUUCUCAUGAAAUUUGGCUUCAAAUCACCAGAGUUUAUUGAUGAUUUAUUGAAUAUAAUUCAAAAUUCAUUAGAACAUCCAGAUAAUGUCGAAAUUUUGGAAAGUAUUCUCAAAUUAUACUCAAAAAUCAUCAAAUUCAAUGAUAUUCCAGUGAAGACAGAGCAUUUCGAUAUGUUUGAAGAUGUGUACUAUGAAUCCCCUCUCAAAUUGAAGAACCAAAUUCUGAAUCUUUUGCAAUCUUUCAUAGAAAGGGAUGGAAAGCAAUUUAGUCUAUGUUUUUCAAAUGAAUUCAUAAAAGAAAUUUUAGAUACUGCAAUAAAUUGUCCAGAUAAUAGUGCAAAGUAUCCAUUAGACUUAUUAUCAGCUCUUUUUUUAAUUAAUCAUCCAUCAAUUCGUGAUUUGCGUGAUACAGAAGAAUUAUAUUCCCUGCAAGAUCGAAUUCAUGAAAUUAAACAAUCAUAUUAUUACGGAGAGUUAAAUAAGAGUGCUGAUAAAUGCUUGAUUGCAUUAGAUACAUUUAUUGACAGUAUUAGGUCCUACAACUCGGAUUUAUCUGAUUAA